AUGGCACAGGCACUGCUGGYACCACCUGGACCUGAAAGCUUCCGCUAUUUUACUAGAGAUUCUCUCGCAGCUAUUGAACAGCGCUCUGCWGAAGAAAAAGCUAAAAAGCCUAAGCAAGAACAUAAAGAUGAUGAUGAUGAAAAUGGUCCAAAACCAAACAGUGACCUGGAGGCAGGGAAGACACUGCCAUUUAUUUACGGGGACAUACCUCCAGGAAUGGUAUCUGAACCUUUGGAAGACCUGGACCCAUAUUACAUCAAUAAAAAAACUUUCAUAGUAUUGAAUAAGGGAAAAGCAAUUUUCCGAUUCAGUGCCACAUCUGCCUUGUAUAUUUUAACUCCUUUUAAUCCCAUCAGAAAAAUUGCUAUCAAGAUUUUGGUACAUUCAUUAUUCAGCAUGCUUAUCAUGUGCACUAUUUUGACCAACUGUGUAUUUAUGACCAUGAGUAACCCUCCAGACUGGACAAAGAAUGUAGAGUACACUUUCACUGGAAUUUAUACCUUUGAAUCACUUAUCAAAAUUCUUGCAAGAGGCUUCUGCUUAGAAGGUUUUACUUUUCUACGAGACCCAUGGAACUGGCUUGACUUCAGUGUCAUUUUAAUGGCGUAUGUAACAGAAUUUGUAAACCUAGGCAAUGUUUCAGCUCUUCGAACUUUCAGAGUAUUGAGAGCUUUGAAAACUAUUUCUGUAAUUCCAGGCCUGAAGACUAUUGUAGGAGCCCUGAUUCAGUCUGUGAAGAAGCUCUCAGAUGUGAUGAUCCUGACUGUGUUUUGUCUGAGUGUAUUUGCACUGAUAGGGCUGCAGCUGUUCAUGGGCAACUUGAGGAAUAAAUGCCUGCAGUGGCCUCCAGACAAUUCUACUUUUGAAAUAAACAUUAUUUCCUACUUUAACAGCACAAUGAAUGAAAAUGGUACACUUGUUAACAUGACAGUGAGCACAUUUAACUGGAAGGAUUACAUUGAGGAUGAAACUCAUUUUUACAUUUUGGAAGGACAAAGAGACGCCUUACUUUGUGGUAAUAGCUCUGAUGCAGGGCAAUGCCCMGAAGGAUAUAUAUGUGUGAAAGCUGGUAGAAACCCCAACUAUGGCUACACAAGUUUUGAUACAUUCAGUUGGGCAUUCUUGUCACUGUUUCGGUUAAUGACUCAGGAUUUCUGGGAAAACCUCUAUCAGCUGACACUGCGUGCUGCUGGGAAGACAUACAUGAUAUUUUUUGUUCUGGUGAUUUUUCUGGGCUCUUUCUAUCUGAUCAAUCUGAUCCUGGCUGUGGUCGCCAUGGCCUAUGAAGAGCAGAAUCAAGCAACCAUGGAAGAAGCAGAGCAGAAAGAGGCAGAAUUUCAGCAGAUGCUGGAACAAUURAAGAAGCAACAGGAAGAAGCUCAGACAACAGCAGCAGUAGCAGCAGCAUCAGUUGCAUCAAGAGAUUUCAGCGGUGUAGGGGGAUUAGGAGAACUCUUGGAAAGUUCUUCAGAAGCAUCAAAGUUGAGCUCCAAGAGUGCUAAAGAAAGAAGAAAUAGAAGGAAGAAAAGAAGACAGAAAGAAAUGUCUGAUGCAGAGGACAAAGGAGAUAUUGAUAAGUUCCCCAAGUCCGAGUCAGAAGACAGUUUCAGAAGGAAAAGUUUCCGCUUCUCCACAGAAGGAAGUCAACUGACAUAUGAGAAAAGGCUCUCGUCUCCUCACCAGUCCUUGUUAAGCAUUCGUGGUUCUCUGUUCUCACCAAGACGCAACAGCAAAACAAGCAUUUUUAGUUUCCGAGGUCAUGCAAAGGAUAUAGGAUCAGAAAAUGACUUUGCUGAUGAUGAACACAGCACUCUUGAAGACAAUGAGAGCAGAAGGGAUUCUCUUUUUAUUCCAAAUCGACAUGGAGAACGGCGUAACAGUAGCAUUAGUCAGGCCAGUGUGUCAUCUAAAAUGAUACCAGCCCUUCCAGUAAAYGGGAAGAUGCAYAGCACUGUGGAUUGCAAUGGAGUAGUUUCCUUGGUUGGAGGACCUUCAACUCUAACUUCACCAACUGGUCAGCUUUUACCWGAGGGCACCACCACAGAAACAGAAAUAAGGAAAAGAAGACUGAGUUCAUACCAAAUUUCCAUGGAAAUGCUGGAAGAGUCUGCUGCAAGACAAAGAGCAAUGAGCAUAGCCAGCAUACUUACAAACACAAUGGAAGAGCUUGAAGAAUCCAGACAGAAAUGCCCACCAUGCUGGUACAGAUUUGCAAAUACUUUCUUGAUCUGGGAUUGCUGGAGUCCAUGGUUAAAAGUAAAGCAUGUCGUCAAUUUAGUUGUGAUGGAUCCAUUUGUUGAUCUUGCUAUAACUAUUUGCAUUGUUUUAAACACCUUGUUUAUGGCCAUGGAACAUUAUCCAAUGACAGAACAGUUCAGCAGUGUCCUUUCCGUGGGGAACCUGGUAUUCACUGGCAUAUUUACAGCAGAAAUGGUACUAAAGAUAAUUGCCAUGGACCCUUAUUAUUACUUCCAAGAGGGCUGGAAUAUUUUUGAUGGUAUUAUUGUUAGCCUUAGUUUAAUGGAGCUUGGUCUUGCAAAUGUUGAAGGAUUAUCUGUUCUUCGGUCAUUCCGAUUGCUUCGAGUUUUCAAAUUGGCAAAAUCUUGUGCAGGCCAAACCAUGUGCCUUAUUGUUUUCAUGCUGGUCAUGGUGAUUGGAAACCUAGUGGUAUUGAACCUAUUUCUGGCCUUGCUGCUGAGCUCAUUUAGUUCAGACAACCUUGCUGCUACAGACGAUGAUAAUGAAAUGAACAACCUCCAGAUUGCUGUGGCAAGGAUUCAGAAAGGCAUAGAUUAUGUUAAAAAAAAGAUACGGGAGUUCAUCCGAAAAGCCUUCAUUAGAAAGCAGAAAUCUUUAGAGGAAAUCAAAGCACUUGAAGAGCUAAACAACAAGAAAGAUAGCUGCAUUUCCAAUCACACUGCUGUUGAAAUAAGCAAAGAUCUGAAUUAUCUUAAAGACGGGAAUGGAACCACCAGUGGUGUAGGCACAGGCAGCAGUGUGGAAAAAUAUGUAAUUGAUGAAAACGAUUAUAUGUCAUUCAUAAACAACCCAGGCCUCACUGUGACAGUGCCCAUUGCACUUGGAGAAUCAGAUUUUGAAAAUUUAAAUACAGAAGAAUUUAGYAGUGAAUCUGAUAUGGAAGAAAGCAAACAGAAACUAAAUGCAUCAAGCUCGUCAGAAGGCAGCACUGUUGAUAUUGCUCCUCCUGGAGAGGGCGAGCAAGCAGAAAUUGAAAGUGAAGAAGCACUUGAACCAGAAGCCUGUUUUACUGAAGGUUGUGUGCAGAAAUUUCCAUGUUGUCAAGUAAGUAUAGAGGAUGGCAAAGGAAAAACUUGGUGGAAUCUUAGAAAAACCUGCUACAGCAUAGUUGAACACAAUUGGUUUGAGACUUUCAUUGUAUUCAUGAUUCUCCUCAGCAGUGGAGCACUUGCUUUUGAAGAUAUAUAUAUUGAACAACGCAAAACUAUCAAGACCAUUCUGGAAUACGCUGACAAAGUUUUUACGUAUAUUUUCAUUUUGGAAAUGCUUUUAAAAUGGGUAGCAUAUGGUUUCCAAAUAUAUUUUACUAAUGCCUGGUGCUGGCUGGACUUCCUGAUUGUUGAUGUCUCAUUGGUUAGUUUAAUAGCCAAUGCUCUGGGCUAUUCUGAACUUGGUGCCAUUAAAUCGCUACGGACAUUAAGAGCUUUAAGACCUUUAAGAGCCUUGUCACGAUUUGAAGGAAUGAGGGUGGUUGUAAAUGCCCUUGUAGGAGCAAUCCCAUCUAUCAUGAAUGUAUUGCUGGUAUGUCUUAUAUUCUGGCUAAUCUUCAGCAUCAUGGGAGUAAAUCUGUUUGCUGGAAAAUUCUAUCACUGUGUCAACACCACAACUGGUGAGAUGUUUGAUAUCAGUGAUGUCAACAAUUAUACUCAGUGUGUGGAACUCAUAAAAAGCAAUCAAAGUGCCCGAUGGAAGAAUGUGAAAGUAAACUUCGAUAAUGUAGGAGCUGGAUAUCUUGCUCUGCUUCAAGUAGCUACUUUCAAAGGAUGGAUGGAUAUUAUGUAUGCUGCUGUUGAUUCACGAGAUGUAAAAGAUCAGCCUAAGUAUGAGGACAACUUGUAUAUGUAUCUCUAUUUUGUCAUCUUUAUCAUAUUUGGAUCAUUUUUUACCUUGAACCUUUUCAUUGGUGUUAUUAUAGACAACUUCAACCAACAAAAAAAGAAGUUUGGAGGUCAGGAUAUAUUUAUGACGGAAGAACAGAAGAAAUACUACAAUGCAAUGAAAAAGUUGGGAUCAAAAAAGCCACAGAAACCUAUACCGAGGCCAGUGAACAAAUUCCAAGGCAUGAUCUUUGAUUUUGUAACCAAACAAGUAUUUGACAUCAGCAUCAUGAUACUCAUCUGCCUUAACAUGGUCACAAUGAUGGUAGAAACAGAUGAUCAGAGUAAAGAAAUGGAAACCAUUUUAUCCCGGAUUAACCUCGUGUUCAUUGUMCUUUUCACUGGAGAAUUUCUCCUGAAAUUAAUUUCACUUCGCCAUUACUACUUCACUAUAGGCUGGAAUAUUUUUGAUUUUGUGGUUGUCAUUCUCUCCAUAGUAGGUAUGUUCCUAGCUGAGAUGAUUGARAAGUAUUUCGUAUCCCCCACACUAUUCAGAGUCAUCCGACUUGCCAGAAUUGGUCGAAUCCUGCGUCUCAUUAAGGGCGCUAAGGGAAUCCGCACUCUGCUUUUUGCUUUGAUGAUGUCUCUUCCUGCUUUGUUCAACAUUGGGCURCUGCUCUUCCUGGUCAUGUUCAUCUACGCCAUCUUUGGCAUGUCCAACUUUGCCUAUGUCAAGAGGGAAGUUGGAAUUGAUGACAUGUUCAACUUUGAAACGUUUGGCAACAGCAUGAUCUGCCUGUUUCAGAUCACCACRUCYGCKGGCUGGGAUGGUUUGCUCGCUCCRAUUCUUAAYAGUGGGGAGCCGGACUGUGAUCCCCAUAAAGAUCAUCCGGGGAGCUCUGUGAAAGGUGACUGUGGCAACCCUUCUGUUGGGAUUUUCUUCUUUGUCAGCUACAUUAUCAUCUCCUUUCUGGUAGURGUGAACAUGUACAUCGCUGUGAUUUURGAGAACUUCAGUGUAGCUACUGAAGAAAGUGCUGAACCYUUGAGUGAGGAUGACUUUGAGAUGUUUUAUGAAGUCUGGGARAAGUUUGAUCCYGAUGCAACACAAUUCAUAGARUWYAGYAAACUAUCAGAUUUUGCAGCUUCWUUAGAUCCACCUCUUCUCAUAGCAAAACCAAACAAAGUYCAGCUUAUUGCAAUGGAUCUGCCCAUGGUGAGYGGUGACAGAAUUCAUUGCCUUGACAUCYUGUUUGCUUUCACAAAGCGUGUUUUGGGGGAAAGUGGGGAGAUGGAUGCCCUCAGAAUACARAUGGAAGAUCGGUUUAUGGCAGCCAAUCCUUCUAAAGUCUCCUAUGAACCAAUUACAACCACACUGAAACGAAAACAGGAGGAGGUCUCUGCUGUCAUCAUUCAGCGCGCUUACAGACGCCACCUUUUAAGGGUAAAAAUUAAACAGGUAUCUAGUUUAUAUAAUAGAAAUAAAAACAAAGAAGGAGAUGGACACAUUAUAAAAGAGAUAAUUAUUGAUAAACUAAAAGGGAACUCCACUCCAGAAAAAACAGAUGAGAGUUCUUCUACAACCUCCCCACCUUCUUAUGACAGUGUAACAAAGCCAGACAAAGAAAAAUAYGAAAAAGAUAAAGCAGAAAAGAACUACAAAGGUAAAGACAUCAGGGAAAAUAAAAAAUAAUGAUCUAAGAAUUUUGUUAAUGGGACUUGUUUACAGUCUUUGAGAAUGAAGCAUCAACUGGACUCCUGCAGGAGGUUUAUGCCAAACUGACAGUUUUUACACGUAUAUAUGUGUGUGUGUGUGUGYGUGYGUGUGUGUGUGUGUG